CAAAUUUUUGUUGAAGAUUUCUGUAAGCCUUGAAAGGGAGUUUAGGUUACCUUUAGACGACAAAAGAAACAUUUAACCGUCGUAUUACUUUCUUUAUAUGCUUAAAUUUUAUUGGAAAUAGCUCUGUAGCACUUACAUGGUCCGAUCUGACGCAACAGGUAAUAUGCAGCGAAGAAAAGACUUGAAAAUUGCCGUUGUUUGUUCCAGCAACCAGAACCGCAGUAUGGAAGCACACAGCGCAAUGAGAAAGCGUGGCUUCCAGGUGCAAUCGUUUGGUACGGGAACUUACGUUAAGCUUCCCGGACCAGCUCCCGACAAGCCAAAUGUUUAUACGUUCGGGACAACAACUUACGAUGAAAUGUAUAAGGAACUAUAUAAAAAAGAUGCAUACUUAUAUACCCAAAAUGGAAUUCUACACAUGCUGGACAGAAACAGAAGAAUAAAGAAAAGACCAGAGAGAUAUCAAGACUGUCCAGACGAAUUCGAUAUUGUAGUUACUUGCGAAGAACGUGUUUAUGAUCAAGUUAUUGAAGAUAUGUCAAAGAGAGAGCAGCAUUCUUUUACUCCAGUCCAUAUUAUCAACAUUGAAAUAGCUGAUAAUCAUGAAGAGGCUACAAUUGGAGCAGGACAAAUCGUCGAGCUUUGCGAAAUACUUGAAGAAUUGGAUGAUAUGGAACACAAUCUCGAUGAAAUAUUACAAGCUUUUGAAGAAAAGAUUGGACGACACAUAUUGCACACUGUUGCCUUUUAUUGAAUUAAUCCUUAGACAAACAGUUUUUUAUCGAUUAAAGCCCAUUGAUUUCCUUACUAUUCAUAGUAAGGUCACUGGGAUGAUGUAAUUUCUUUAAGAAUGAAGAGUUCAUCUAAGUGUUUUGCAGAAUAGCGCAAAUAUUACCUCGAACAAAUUCGAGUAGUGACCCAAACUCUCCACCUCAACCGACUGUUCGUUAAACCCCUUAAACACUUCUUAUGGUAUAUUUGAAUUUCUGAUUCGCGGAAUAUAGUAAUGCAUUAAGAAGUGGAAUUUGUAAAUACUGCCUAUGGUUAAUCAUGGGCUCCGACACAGGCUGGAAAGUGGGAGGGGGGGGUAGAAAAAAUUUAACACCAAUAACAAAAGAUAUGAAAAAAGCUCUAUUGAUUUGUAAAAAACUGGGGAAGCAUUGUCCCUCGCCCCCCCCCUUUUCGUCGGAGGCCCUGUUAAGUGAAAGGAUAGAAGCUGUAUUUACGUAGCAGCUUUACAAUCCUUCGCCUUUUAUUCAGUUAUGAAUAGAUACCUUUUGUGCCACAUUGUCAAGAACGAAGCUGCUUGGGUUUUACCUUCGUUUUGUGUCGCUUUUUCAUGUUUGUCCGUGAACAGCUUUUCACAACAGGCAAUCGUCUGUAAAUGAAAACUGUGACUGAAACUGUACAAAUCUUGUAAAUGUGUCUUCAUCUUUUGCAUUAACUAGAAUAGUUUCAUUUCUAAAUUUAAAGUACUGUUUUGUAAUAGGCAUUCUAUGUAAGAUGUAUUUAGACCCAAGGCAGUAUCGUUAGUACCUCUAUUGUUAAUAUGAUCUUAGAUUAACAAGGAUAUUACGACGUAUUUGUUUUCUAUUCAAAAUAAGUUUCAAACUAACUUGGAAAUCUGAGAUGAAUGACGGAAAGAA